AAGUCGGGGCCAGGAGCAGCCUCGGGCACGAAGGGGCAGCUCGCGCGCUGCCCCGGCGGCGGAGCGCGCAGGCGCAGACCCCAAUAACUGCCGGUUGGAGGCUGCUGAACCGCAGUGGAGAGAGACCUGGGCGGCGGAGGCUGCGGCGCGGGCGGCUUUCCCCUCCUCCAGGGUUCCCCGACGCGCUGCCCUAGAUUUAAUGCGCAGCCAUUUGGGGUCAUCUCUCCUUUGCUUCUCGUAGGAGUCGUAGUUCCAGGAGCAACAGCCCAGAAGAGGACGCGGUCCCCGCACCGAGGGCUUCUGCACCAUCACCCCUACCAUUAGGCGGCGGGAUGUCUGUGGUCGGUAUUGACCUCGGCUUUCUCAACUGCUACAUCGCAGUGGCGAGGAGCGGCGGCAUCGAAACCAUCGCCAAUGAGUACAGCGACAGGUGUACCCCAGCGUGUAUAUCUUUGGGAUCAAGAACACGAGCCAUUGGAAAUGCAGCUAAGAGCCAGAUAGUCACGAAUGUAAGAAAUACAAUUCAUGGUUUCAAAAAACUUCAUGGGCGAUCUUUUGAUGAUCCUAUUGUGCAAACUGAAAGGAUCAGGCUUCCCUAUGAGCUGCAGAAGAUGCCGAAUGGAAGUGCAGGGGUUAAGGUGCGAUACCUAGAAGAAGAAAGACCUUUUGCAAUUGAGCAGGUUACUGGGAUGCUAUUGGCUAAGCUUAAAGAGACUUCAGAAAAUGCUUUGAAGAAACCAGUGGCUGACUGUGUGAUUUCAAUUCCUAGCUUUUUCACUGAUGCUGAGAGAAGAUCUGUGAUGGCUGCAGCCCAGGUUGCAGGUUUAAAUUGUUUAAGGUUAAUGAAUGAAACUACUGCAGUUGCACUAGCAUAUGGAAUUUAUAAACAGGAUCUUCCUCCACUAGAUGAGAAACCAAGAAAUGUAAUAUUUAUUGAUAUGGGACAUUCUGCCUAUCAGGUCUCGGUUUGUGCUUUUAACAAAGGAAAACUUAAAGUCUUGGCUACUACCUUUGAUCCAUAUUUGGGUGGCAGGAACUUUGAUGAGGUUUUAGUAGACUACUUCUGUGAAGAGUUCAAGACAAAAUAUAAGAUAAAUGUGAAAGAAAACUCUCGGGCCUUGUUGCGUUUAUAUCAGGAAUGUGAAAAACUAAAGAAGCUAAUGAGUGCAAAUGCAUCAGAUCUUCCACUGAACAUUGAGUGUUUCAUGAAUGACCUUGAUGUUUCUAGUAAAAUGAACAGGGCUCAAUUUGAACAAUUAUGUGCUUCCCUCUUAGCCAGAGUUGAACCACCGUUAAAAGCAGUAAUGGAACAAGCUAACUUACAGCGUGAAGACAUAAGUAGUAUAGAAAUUGUAGGGGGAGCAACACGAAUUCCUGCUGUGAAAGAGCAAAUCACUAAAUUCUUUCUUAAAGACAUAAGUACCACAUUAAAUGCUGAUGAAGCUGUUGCAAGAGGAUGUGCAUUACAGUGUGCAAUUCUCUCGCCAGCAUUUAAAGUGCGUGAAUUUUCCAUAACAGACAUUGUUCCCUAUUCAAUCACAUUAAGAUGGAAGACCUCUUUUGAAGAUGGAACUGGGGAAUGCGAAGUAUUCUGUAAGAACCAUCCUGCCCCAUUCUCAAAAGUUAUUACUUUCCACAAGAAAGAACCAUUUGAACUAGAAGCAUUUUAUACUAAUUUACAUGAAGUGCCUUAUCCAGAUCCAAGAAUUGGGAACUUUACUAUUCAGAAUGUUUUCCCACAAUCUGAUGGUGAUAGUUCCAAGGUUAAGGUUAAAGUUCGUAUUAAUAUCCAUGGAAUCUUCAGUGUGGCUAGUGCAUCUGUAAUUGAGAAGCAAAAUAUAGAAGGGGAUCACAGUGAUGUUCCUAUGGAGACAGAAACGUCUUUUAAGAAUGAAAGCAAAGAUGAUGUGGAUAAAAUGCAGGUUGACCAAGAAGAAGGAGGUCAUCAAAAAUGUCAUGCUGAACACACUCCAGAGGAAGAAAUUGACCAAACAGGAACCAAAACAAAGUCUGCUCUCUCAGAGAAACAAGAGCGACUGAACCAGAACAUUAAGAAAGGGAAAGUAAAGAGUAUUGAUCUGCCUAUCCAGAGUAGCCUGUGUAGGCAACUGGGCCAAGAUCUUCUCAACAGCUACAUUGAAAAUGAGGGGAAGAUGAUAAUGCAGGAUAAGUUAGAGAAAGAAAGAAAUGAUGCGAAGAAUGCUGUUGAAGAAUAUGUAUACGAUUUUAGAGACAAGCUUGGCACUAUCUAUGAAAAAUUCAUCACUCAAGAAGACUUGAAUAAACUGUCUGCAAUAUUGGAGGACACAGAAAAUUGGCUUUAUGAAGAAGGAGAGGACCAACCUAAACAAGUAUAUAUGGAUAAGCUUCAAGAAUUAAAGAAAUAUGGCCAGCCUAUUCAAGUAAGGUACAUGGAACAUGAAGAAAGACCAAAAGCUUUAAACGACUUGGGAAAAAAGAUCCAACUUGUCAUGAAAGUGAUAGAAGCAUACAGAAACAAGGAUGAAAGAUACGAUCAUUUGGAUCCUGCUGAAAUUGAAAAGGUUGAAAAAUAUAUCAGUGAAGCCAUGAGUUGGCUGAACAGUAAGAUGAACGCACAGAACAAACUAAGUCUCACUCAAGAUCCUGUGGUGAAAGUUUCAGAAAUAGUUGCAAAGUCAAAGGAACUGGAUAAUUUCUGUAACCCCAUCAUUUAUAAGCCCAAACCGAAAGUAGAGGCUGCUGAAGACAAGGCAAAGGAUAAUAGUGAACACAAUGGACCAAUGGAUGGACAGAGUGGGGCUGAAACUAAACCAGAUUCAACAAAAGACAACUCGCAGCAUACUAAAUCUUCCGGAGAGAUGGAAGUGGACUAAGUCUUAACUUUACCUUCACGUAGUUCAAAUAGUGCGAGUAACCACAGAGUCCGUUCUUCUUCUUUUACAUCUGGUACACACAACAGAUGUUUUGUUGCUCUUAACCACUUUCUGUCAUUUGUUUUUUGGAGUAGUUCUGAAAAGUGUUUCAUACUGAGUGCACUUACGUUCAUUUCCAUUGCUGCUUAUGUGAAGCUUUAGCUGAAUAUAGAUUAACAAAUCAGUUUAAGCUUUCCUAAUCUAUUUUAUGUCAAACAUGCAAGACUGAUAAGUAGUUGGCAACAAUCUACCUUACUUAAAGCUUCUACAUGGAUAAACCUCAGCUCCUUUAUUCAGGAAAGGAUACUGUAUUGCACUAUUGUUGCAGAAGCAUAGAUUUAAUUGCAUCAUUAUUUUUAAAAACAUUGAAACUGAUGGGGUUUAAAGCCACCAAGGCACUGACCUUUUUGUAGUUACUGUACUGUUAUAAUUUAAACAUUAAAAACAAAUAGGUUCCUUGACAAACUAGUCCAUAUCAGUGUUGUGCCAUGAGAACUCCAAAACUUUGUCAUCAUAUAAAUGGACUAAACCACACACUGAAGGGGAAAAUGCACAAUUUUAUGUUAAGGUGACACCAGCAGUUUGCUUCUUUUCAUUAGUCAUGUGGAUUGAUGUUUCUCAGAGUAAUUCAGUGUCUUUUGCACUUGAAACUUCUGAUCUACUUGUCCUGAAGACCAGCUGCUGCUAAAGUAAUGCUAACCUAAAAACGAUGAAGCAUUUUUGAUGAAAAUACCUUCAUGUUAAGGGGGAAAUGCUGUUGACUUACUCAGACAAGCAUCUGUGAUGUUGAUAGCCUUUGUUUUUAGUUUUAAAUAGUUUGUUUUCUUAGUUCAUUUUGUUAAUCUGUUAACACAGGGUAGGGAGAAAUGGCACAAUGUGUAUUGCAUUAUAUACAUUUAUCAGUGAUUUACUGUUAACAUAUAACAUAACACUACAAGUGGUAAUACUUGAAAAGAAGCACUUAAACCACGUAAGUCUUAGGAAAUAAUGCUUGUAAUAAACUAUGUUACAUAUCAACAGGCAAAUAUAGAAUGUUCCAUAGUGUAAUAUGAUAUGUGAUUAAAUUAUAGUUCUUGCUGUUAUAUAACCUGUUCAGACCUGGGCUCCAGUUUUGGUGCUUCAUAUAUUUAUAUGGGACAAGGGACUGUGAAACUAAGAUUCUUGAGCUUCAUCACCAGACUUGUUCACACUGUUCAGUUCUGUCCAAAAGCUUGAAAUUUUCAGUAUGGGAGGCAGACUGUUCAACCUACAAAGAAAAGAAACAGAGAAUGCAUGGGUACUUGUAUUCUUAAUGCCAAUCAACUAGAUUGACCUAUGUUAAAAUUUUGAGAAGCUCAGUUUUUCCCAAAACUACAUCUUUAUAUUAAGAAUUAAUAUUGACUUUCCUUAAGUAGUAAAAAUUGAGAGUUCAAUAUCUUUAGGGAUAGUCACUACUCACAACUAGUUCUCUAAGAGAGAUUUUGUUUCUACAAUGUAGUCUGCACUGAAAGGAGAGUAUAGAACAGUGCAUUUUGCAGGGAUUUUUAUUCAUCCUUUCAGAGGAAGGAGAUGUCCCUUUUUUGCAUUAAAAAAAUCAUAUACACCCAAUAUAUUUUUUGUCUUCAAACUAAUGAAAUAAUCAUAUCCAUUAGCAACGAUGAAACAUACUUUUCAUUUCUAUGUUGGUAUAUAUAGGUUCACUUCAGUAACAGCAUCAGAGUUAUGAAAGGGAAUAAAGUACGUGUAAGGAGUUUAUUGCUUUCUCUUAAGAAAAUCUCUACCCACUUUGUCAGGAGCUGUACCUCUAACUGGGAGUAUGUAAGAACAACCCUUUCUGCAUCUGAACUGUCUAGUACAUCCUGACAUUUUCAGUUCCUUACUAGCUUAUAUAGUUCUCUGUUUUAAUCAGAAUUAUAUUCUAGUUCCUGUAGUUAUGUACCACUUCAUUUAUAAGUUAAAUAUAUCCAAAAAUAAUGUGUAUACUUUUCUUACCCAUUUAUUCAACUUAAAUGAUUUUCAAAAGCCCUUAACCUUAUAAUUAGUUGUUUAUUGAAUACAUUAAUAAAAGAGAAAAUGUUCUACUGAAUCUAGUUUUGGGUAGAUGGUAUGGGCUCAGUUUAAUUUUAAUCUGUAUGAAGUAUGAAGUGCUAGACAAAAAAUUAAAGAUCUUUUUUUUAAAAAUAUAUAGCAAAAUAGGAUAUUUUCCUAUAGUAAUAUGAAAAUAAAAACUAAAUAUGUAGGAAAUAUCUAGGAUAAUUAAUAAAGUAAUACACUUCAACUCUAUGGAAAAAUAUAAGUUACUUGGUUUCAGAAGUCAACUCCUAAUAACCAAUCAUAGUGACUUUAAAAACAAAGAUUGUUAAAUAAUAUAAAGUUUGCAAUGUUUUAAUUCCUUAGCUAUGUACAGAAUACUUAAGUUUUAAAAUAACUACAAACAGCACACCAAAGAAUUAGGCUACUGGAAUAAAAGAUCAUCUCAAUUUUAAAAAGGUAAAAAUUAAACUUAAGAAAUACAAAUUUCUUAGACUUUGAGGGGGGUGUCAGUUUUUGGUAUAUUUAUGAUUAUAUUUCCUAGCUAGAAGUCUUUAAAAUGAAUUUGGGAAAUCAAUUAUCAUUAUCAUAAAGUGACUGUGAAAAUAUUUUAUCCAAAUUAGUACAUCUUCAACUGUUUUGAAAAAGUAUGUUUAAGAUCAACUAACCCAAAAUAGAUUUAACAACCAUCCCUCCAUUUGCAUAAAUUUGAACUGUAAUACUAACCCUAUAAAUAUUACCCUUAGGAUUUCAUUUUAUUUUUAACAGCUGGUAUUGGUAGUCCACAACAAUUGAAGCCUUGUUAUUAAUUGUACAUAUCAUAGAUUUAUACAAAAUCUAACUUCAUCUUUCUCAACUUUUAGAGAUUUACAACAAAAAAAUUCAAUUCUAAAGGAAAUGUUAUUUUGUGGUUAGACUUCCAAGUUUUAAGCAUAAUUUGUUUUGUGGUAUUUGAUUCUAUAAAACUUAAUGAGACGUAUAUCUAACUGUAUUAUCAGUAUUUAAAAUCUGAUGAUAUUGAUUAAAGUCAGCCACUGAUGACUUUUCCAAUAACACAGGUGUAGGGAAUGCUUAUAAAGUUUGAUUCUAAUGUUUUAUUAUCCUCUCAACUAUAGUAUGUUUUACAACUAUCAAACUAAAUAUUUAAUCUUAGUUUCAGAAGAUCCAGACUUCUUGAUCAAACAAAGCUUUAAAAUUAAUCUUAAAAUAAUUUCCUUCAUCUUUUCUUUUGAUAAAAAAAGAAGAUUUAAUGCAGAUCAAAACCAACCAAGUCUUUAACCAAAACAAAAGCUUUAUCUUUCACAUCUCUUAAUAAAAAGUAAACUAAAUUAACAUUCUUCCAUAUACUCAUGUUUCCGAAAACAAACAACUCUGGUUGUUUCUAACAUAACCAGAUGUCUAAGUUUAAUAUUAAUAACUGCUUAGAAGGAAAAAAACCCCACUAAAUAUCUAUGCCAGUGGUCAGCAGGUGGUAAUGGCUCUUUCACCUUCCAGAUCUCUAGGAUCUGGUCACCGUCCAGACCUCUAGCAUAUUAUUAGAGUAAGCAUUAAAAAGAAAAAGCACAUAUUAAAAAUACAUUAUUUAAUAACUUGGAGCUUUCAAGUCAAAGACAAUAAUUGAAUCAUGAACAUUUGAUUUAGUCUGUCAUGCAGGUCAAAAUGCAUAUUGACAAAAACAUUACUGGCAUGAUCUUUGGGAUCUCGAAUUUACUAUCAUGUCCUAGGUCACAUGGUGAGUAUUAGGGAAGUGGAUUGAUUACUCAUUCUAUAACGAGAUUCGUGAAUUUCAAAAUGUUUUACAUACUUUAGUUGUCUUCUAUACGUUUAUAUACUAUAAGACAACUAAAGUAAGUAGGAAUUACCUUAGUCCUUCCUGUUUUAUUUAUCCUCUCAUUCAGUCUAUUACAUAAUCAUUUUAUUUCCAUUAUAUUGGAUUAUUCAAGUCUUAUUUCAUGUAUUUAAAAAAAUAGUUUUCCUAUCACUUUGCUUGAUAACUGAUUUUAUUAGCUGUCUUUUUACUUUAAAACCAAAUCUUACUGUUAAGAAUUUUUUGAUUCUAAAAUUCAUACUUAAAAAGCCAUGUUGUAAGUUUCCAUAUGUAAUACCUCUAAAAUUUAAUAUUGGCUUAAUGGGUUUUUCAUAUUCUGGCCUUGAAUACUUUUAAGUAGUUCUGGACUAAAAGAAGUCAAUUUUUGUGAGUACUGUGUAUUAUAAGUAACCAGCGUCCUUCAUUUUUAAUCCAAGUAUCAAUGUAACAAGGGUCAGAAAUUCAAAAUAGUUGUUAAAGAUUAGACACCUUCAAUUUUUUGCUGCUUUCUGAUUACAUACAUACAUGUGUCAUGCAUCUUCCUUGGGUGUUUUUUUUUAAUUUUUUGCCUCCAUGGACUUGAGUUUUAACAUGCUCUUGAAAUCAAUGGACCCACACAGAAUGUAGAUGUAAAAAUGUAAUUAGAAAUGGAGAUCUAAGUAAAGGAAGCUUUAAAGCGUUGUGGUUUUUUUUCCCUGAAAUACUUUAAUGGCUUAGUGUCUUGAAAGGAGACUCACAGUAAAAGUAAAAAAAAAAAUUGUAUUUGGCUGGAUGAAGCCACUGUUGUUUAAUACAGAAGCAAUUUUUUAAUGAAGCUACUGAAUUGUUUAGUACUAAUAUGGUAUCCACGUUAUUUUUCUUUUCUCCAACCAUUAUUAAAAUAAUUUAUAUACA